AUGGAUCAUGCUGUCUCUUCUCUCCAGUGCUUCUUCUUAAUCCUAUGCCUAUCUCUAUUGGUUUGUUCUAACUCGGACAAUGGUUCCAAGUCAAGAAAGAAACCCAUUUUGAUAAACUUCGGCGAUUCAAACUCGGAUACCGGAGGAGUUCUCGCUGGCUCCGGACUUCCCAUUGGACUUCCUCAUGGCAUUACCUUCUUCCACAGAGGCACUGGUCGUCUCGGCGACGGUCGACUCAUCGUUGACUUUUUCUGUGAACAUUUAAAGAUGACGUAUUUGAGUCCAUAUUUAGACUCACUCUCACCAAAUUUCAAAAGAGGAGUCAAUUUUGCUGUCUCGGGCGCAACAGCACUUCCCGUAUUCUCCUUCCCUCUUGCCAUUCAAAUCCGUCAAUUCGUCCAUUUCAAAAAACGUUCUCAAGAACUUGUCUCUUCCGGGACAGGGAGAAGAGAUCUUAUUGAUGAAAAUGGGUUUAAAAACGCAUUGUACAUGAUCGAUAUCGGACAAAAUGAUCUUCUACUUGCUCUAUACGAUUCAAAUUUAACGUAUACAUCCGUUGCCGACAAAAUUCCCACCACGCUUGCUGAGAUUAAAAAGGCCAUUCAGACCGUAUAUUUAAACGGAGGGAGAAAGUUUUGGGUACAUAACACAGGCCCAUUGGGCUGUGCACCCAAAGAAUUGGCAAUUAACCCACACAACGAUUCGGAUCUUGACCCGAUUGGUUGUUUCCGGGUUCACAACGAAGUCGCAAAAGCCUUCAACAGAGGACUCUCUAGUCUCUGCGACGAAAUGAGAUCUCAAUUCAAAGACGCCACUCUCGUCUACGUUGAUAUUUACUCCAUCAAAUACAAACUCUCCGCCGAUUUCAAACGAUACGGAUUUGUGGAUCCGUUAAUGGCAUGUUGCGGUUAUGGAGGGAAGCCUAACAAUUACGAUCGAAAAGCCACGUGUGGUCAAUCCGGUUCAACUAUUUGUCGUGAUGUAACCAAAGCAAUUGUGUGGGAUGGAGUUCACUAUACCGAAGCUGCAAACCGGUUUGUCGUUGAUGCGGUUUUAACUAACCGAUACUCUUAUCCAAAGAUUCCCUUACACCGGUUUUGGUAG